UACCGAAAGUUGAUCGGGGAAGAUAGAGAUAGAGCAGGAGUUUGUAGAUAAGAAAAGAAGUGGUUAUUAUAGACUGGGUUUUAUAAAACAGAAAGAUGGUGAUGGGCAGCUGCUCAGUGGGAGGAAAUGUUGUACUCCAACUUAAUCAACAUUCAUAUGCUAAACGUCAAGUGUUUCGCAGCAGCAGCAGCAGCAGCAGCUUUGUAAUUAAAUCAAAGUUUGUGGGUACUAUUGACAAGAGGUUGGGGUGGUUGAGCCUUUCUAAAAUUGGUCUUCUCUCAACUACAAGUGCUUCGGCUUCUGGAGCCACCUGCUGGUUUAAGUUCGGCAAAAAUGGUGUUGAUGCUGAGCAAGCUGGUAUCUACGGUAGCCAAUCUCGUAAUGAUUUCGACCGUGAUGACGUUGAACAGUACUUUAACUACAUGGGAAUGCUUGCCGUUGAGGGUACAUAUGAUAAGAUGGAGGCUCUUCUAAAUCAAAAAAUCCACCCGGUGGACAUUUUGCUGAUACUUGCUGCCACAGAAGGUGACAAGCCAAAAAUUGAAGAGUUGCUUAGGGCUGGAGCUGAUUACACUGUCAAAGAUGUUGAUGGACGAACUGCUCUAGACAGGGCUUCAACCGAUGAAAUUAAGGACUUCAUACUUGGAUAUUCAGUUCCAAAGGCAUGAGCAGUCUAAAACAUUCUAAUCUAAGCAGUUGCCCUUCGAAGUUUUUCUUCAAUUAACAUACUCAGCAUAUGCUUUGAUUACAAUUCUUCAUCCUUAAAAUAGACAUUCAGGAUCUAAAUCUAAAUACACGUUUUUUGCAUC